AUGGUCAAACUUAGGUCAGAAUCUUACAAACUGUUAAAUUCUUCAUGUUCAUUAUUGCAUAUAGUUUUCGAAAUAGGACCAUUGAAAUAUUGGUAAAACUUGUAUCUAUCACCAACUCAAUAUUAGUAUGUAUCCAUUAAUUUUUCUAAAUAAAUAUCAAUGUCGGAUGUGAACCAAAAACCUUUAAAUCAUAUCGAAUCAACCUCCAACAACUUUGAGACACUCCGUUUGUACGCUUUCUGCACCAUUUCUUUCUCCCUUUUUAUACAAACGCAUUAUCGAUCUCCAACUUGCAGAGAAAAUCUAGAGAGAGAAACAAGAGAAUCCAUUGUUAUGGGGAGAGGAAGAGUAGAGUUGAAGAGAAUCGAGAACAAAAUCAACAGACAAGUUACCUUCUCAAAGCGAAGAAAUGGUUUGCUGAAAAAAGCUUACGAGCUUUCCGUUCUCUGUGACGCUGAAGUCGGUCUAAUCAUCUUCUCCAGCCGGGAUAAACUCUAUGAGUUCGGCAGCGUCGGUGUCAUGAAAACCCUUGAACGCUAUCAACGUUGUUGCUUUAAUCCACAAGACAACAAUAAUGAACGUGAUACACAGAGUUGGUAUCAAGAGGUCUCCAAGUUAAAAGCCAAGUUCGAAUCCCUCCAACGCACCCAAAGACAUUUACUUGGGGAAGAUCUUGGACCUCUUAGUGUCAAAGAACUACAUAAUCUUGAAAAACAACUUGAAGGAGCUCUUACACAAGCUAGACAAAGGAAGACACAGAUCAUGGUAGAACAAAUGGAAGAACUUCGACGCAAGGAACGAGAACUAGGAGACAUGAACAAGCAUCUAAAAAUAAAGGUCUCACACGAGUUAUCAUCGUUUGACAAUGAAGGACAAGGUUACAGGACACAACUUCAAUGCCCAUGGAACUCUCCUGGCAACAACACCACAUUCCAAAUGCAUCCUUCUCAAUCCAAUGCCAUGGAAAUACAACAAGAACCCAUCUUACAAAUAGGGACGUACAACCAGUUUGUGCAUGGUGAGGGAUCAUCAGUUCAGAGGAACAUGAUUGGUGAGAGUAGUAUCCAUGGUUGGGUUCUUUGACCAUGGCUUAUGUAAGUUCUUCUUCAUCAUCAUCAUCGUCAUCAUCAUCCAUCUUAUUUGUAAUAAUUUCAAAGACUUGAUUGAUUGUGUAGGAUGUUUUUGUGGUUAUUUGCAAUGUUGUUGCUAACAAUAUUAACUAUUACAUAUGAGUGUUAUAUUAAA